CGCUGACAGACUGGGAUGAAUGCAGUCCGUGAUUGUGAUGUCACGUAUGACAUAAAGUACAUUGUGGUGAACUGGAGAACAGAGUUGCCCACAAACGUCUGGAAAAUGUCAGCCAAGUUGAGUCAGACAAAAUUCACAAAAGAACAUGACUCUCUGUGGAAGGAUCUGCUCCGUUUUCAAGAGAGCAAGUCCACGGAAGAAUAGAGUGCGGGCUCAUCCAGUGAGAGAAGAGGAGCACAGUCGGAGCAGAAACACAGCACCUGCUGCUCUUCCCCGGCAAAAGGAGAGGGCAGAGCCACACAAGGAAGAGCUAGACGAGAAUGAAUCACAGAUCUGCUUCUGCAACCUGAGGAAUCUCCGGGAAGGAACUGGUCCCUUCCUGGUGCAGGCCUCCAUCGACAACCUGUGUGCCCUGGCAGAGACCAAGCUGGCUGGGGUCCUGCGGGCCAUCUGCAAGUAUCGCCAGAGCAUCCACAAGAUCUCUCCAAAGCAUCGAUUGCGUAUUAAUGAAAUCCUGCAGGCUGUGAUCAGGUCGGCACAUAGCGUAGACUACAAACUGGCUAAAGUCAUCAUCAAACUAGCUGCUGAAGAUAUGCUGAGGACCACAGAUCUUCGGGACCUGUACCAGGAUGCAGCUGGUGACAUCCUGGUGGCCCUCUGGAACCACUUCCCAGUAGAAGUGCUGAGCAAGCUCCUGGACGGCUUCCAAGGGCGGCUGCUCCCAUACCGUAGCAUCCUCUGUGUUCUGGGGAAACUGGCAAACAAAGCCUUUACAGAGAGUGACGCCUACAAGACUGAUGUGUGGGAGCGAAAGCUGGUGGAGUUUGUGGAGCGGCUCCUGAUUGACGUCACAGAUAAGGCCUGCUGUGCAGAGCUCAGCCGUGAGUUGAUGAGAAUGCAGCAGACCCAGAAUGACCAAAGCCCGGAGAAGGUCUUUCUCUAUCAGUAUUAUGGGGCCAUCCUGCGUGUCUCAGAUGACUCUCAGUUAGUCCAGGAGCAGCUCAGCCAUCUCCUGGCCUUGCACCACAGAGGACCUUGGGAAGCCACGGGCAUUGCUUCUGCAGUUGGCUUGGCUGCGUCUCGCCACCUUGAUGAGGUUUUCAAAGCCUUGGAGAACUUCAGCAAGGCUUAUUCCACCCAUGAAACAUCUACAGAAAGCAGCAGCCAGGAUCCUGGCAACACUGACUGUCUCCCCCACCCCCAGGACUUCAAGUGGAACACCCUUCUGCUCUGCUAUGGGCAGGUGGCCCUGGGGAUCAAAGAUGAAGUUCUCCCGAGAGUGGACCUGAUUCUGUCCAAAUUGAUUGAGUAUUGCACCACCAGCCCAAUGACCAUAAGCCUGAAGAAAACCUUUUUGAUUGCGGUGCUGAUGUUCCUUGAGGCCGUUUCUGCAACAGGAAAAGCACACAGCCUUCGAGUGUACAUGAAAUCCCCCCUUGUGGAAUGCCUGAUAGUGCUGAUUGAGAGAGAGCCCAUCCAUGCCCUGACGGACACCGUGCGCCAAGACGCCAUGUACAUCGUGACACAACUCAGCAAACUGAAGCCUCCCCUUGAGGCAGAGAAGAAGACCAGCCUCCUCUGUGCUUCCUUCCAAAGCAUGUUUUGCUUGGCCCCCUUGGAGCUCCUGGAAGGGCAAAUUGCGGCAGAUGAGCAGGCAGCCAGCGUCAAAGGGCUCUACUUCCAGACCAUCAGCAGCUUUGAAGAGAUGUUGCAGGCCCUGCUGCUGGAAAACCGAAGCCCAAGUGAGCUGGAGCACAUGAUGGAGCUCAUGGAGCCCUGGAUGAAGGCAAAAGUCAACCAUGUGCGAGAGAAUGCUGUGGAGACAGCCAUGAAGCUCUUGAAAUUCGUCGCUACAAAUUUCCACUCCGACUUCUCAGGGGAAUUCUGCAAGUUGGCUCAUCUGACAGCUGUCCUGAUUACUCUGUGCAAUGAUCCGGUGCAGCGUAUCAGUUCCUUUGCGGUGCAAGGAGUCAGUUGCCUCUAUGAGGUCCUGCUGCAUCGGCAAGCGCUGAAGAAGAGCAAGCAGAAGAGGAUGAGGUGGUCAGUGAGGAGGUACUCGAGGUCCCAGGAAGAGGAUGGCUUUUCUUUUCUGAUUCCAGAGAGCAGCUGGCACAUGGCCAUGCACUGUGAGGACCCCCUGUUCCCGUCUCAGCUGACAAACUUCCUGCUCUCCGUUCUGGAUAAUCUGAGAGGCUCCAACCCUGAGCUGCUGAAGGCUGCAGAGGAAGUGCUCAAUGCCGUUCUGAAGAACCACGCAAUGAAGGUGGAAAGGGUGAAAGACAUUGUUGGUGCCAUCUACCUGUGUCUGCAGCAGCGCCAGCACUCCUGCUGGACCCGGAAGGUGGUGCUGAGGGCCUUGGCCUUCAUGGUCCCUUACCACAUGGAGGAGGUGAUGCGGAGCUGCCUGUCCUUCUCAAUACCUGUCAACAGGCACGCCAACGAGCUCUGGACAGUGAUGGCUUCUGGCCCCCAGGUGGCCAUCCAAGUCCUGCAGCUCCUGCUGAAGCACCUUCAGGUCAAGGAUCCCCUGGAGAGCAACGAAGAAAGUGCCACCAUGUCUCUGGCUGCCAUGAACGUCAUCUACGAGACCUUCCACAUCCCAGGAUACCGCAAGGCCUUGGCAGAGAUGCACCUGCAGUUGUUCAUCCCGUUGCUCAAGCAGGUCCUGUAUGUGAUGCAGCUGGACUUGCCCGACUCUUUGAAAGUCAGGCAGGAAAUCCUCCUCAGAGAAAACACCAGCACCCUCAGCUUCCAGAGAACUUCGGUAGAGAUCAUGAAGAACCUCUUCUCUGUGGCUGGAGACUGGGCCGUCUAUGCCUGCAUUGAGUUCCAGCAGGGAUGGAUGGUGCUGAGCACCCCGGAUCGCUUCUUGCAAGGCACUCGCCUAAUGGCCAGGGCCAUGACCGAGUGCGACAGCCCCCAGAUCCCCGGCAUCUUUGGGGAAGCAGCGCUCAUCCUCAACAGCGAGGAGGACGAGAUGAAAAAGAUGACUGCGCUGGCUCUCGUCAUCGAGUUCCUCAAAAGCCCAUCCGCUGUCAAGAUGAUGAACCGGUUCAGCCUCCGAGACCACCUGGAGGAAGGAUCAGCAGCCGCCAACCCCAUCAUCAAGGAGCUGUGCCUGAAGGGGCUUGGCAGCUUUGUCUUCCAGCCGGCAAAGGUCAAGGUUCUCCGUGAGGAGCUGCCCACCCUGAUUGGCUCCGUCUUCAGUGGCCGCGAACAAGACAUCCUGCAGGGCCUGCAGGACAUCAUGACUGCCAUCUACGAGAUGGACGGCCAGGGGAUCGGGCCCCUCUGCAUGGACCUGGCCCUUAAUGUGCGCUCCUUUUUCGAAGAUGAGCGAGGCCCCGUCCGUGCAGCAUCCAUCUCCCUGUUUGGGCAGCUGGUGAUGAAGGCCAAAGAAGCAGACAAGCCUCUCCUGAGGAAGGAAGUCCUUUACAGCCUCCUUUCUCUGCUGCUACACCUGAAGGACCGAGACGGCACAGUAGCCAUGAGCUGCAAAUUGACCCUCCUGCACUGCGGGGUCUUCCUCGGGUGGGCCCACCUGAAGCUGAUGUUCCGGAGCCUGGCCUGGGAUGACUCCCGGAACUGCGUGGUGAAUGUGUGGAAAUACCUGAUGAGGAACCACCACGAUGACAUCCACGUUUUUAUAUCCCAGGCCUUGGGAUACCUCCAUCACCCCCAGGUAGAAAUAAGUCAUGCAGCCGCCCGAUUCACAGGUCACACUCUCAACUACUACAGCUCUGAGCUGUCAAAAAACCUUGAGCAGGAGGACAUUGUCUACCUGAACAAAGUCUUCCAGGAGUCUGAGUCCAGCCCAGAUCCCAUCAUGGUGCACUUUGCAAGAACGUACCGGGUGGUUUUGCAGAAGCUGUCAGUGAAGCGGAGGCUGUCAGGUGCUGGAGAGAAGAGCACUCCAGAGACCAAGGGCAGCUCUGCAGGGAAACUGCUCAGCGAGUGUGACAGCAGAGCGCCCAGCCCAAUGUUGCUGCCACCAGAAUCGCCAACGCCACGCCCCCCUCUGCUGGAAGGGACGGCAUUUCUGGGCUUGGAAAGUCCCAGGAGAGCCAAGCGCAGCAUCACUCAGCGAGGGAAGCAGCCCACCGAGUCCAGCCGAGGAGACCGAAGGCAUUCAGCUGAGGCCCCGGCUGGGAUCUCCACUCCUUCCAGAAGGACCGCCAGUGGUGGGAGGAAGCAGAGCCCUCAGCAUGCAGGUGCCCACCUGAGCCAGGUGGACGGUCGACCAUAAAGGCUGCUUGCAAAUGGUGUGCUUGGAGGCACCUGCUGCAGAGGGGGGGCCCCCACCUUGUGCUCCAAGGACCCCCCCAAUGGCCCUGGCUGCUGCUGUCCGCAGGUGACAGCAGGGCUGCUCCAUGAUGCGCCGGAGUCAAGCCCAGGCUCCUGCCACUGCCCUUGGUCUACUGUGACUUCAUGGACCCUCUUGGACUGUAGGCGCCCACCCUCACGUACCAGCUGGGUGACCGGCCGGGCCAGGCUCUGAAAGGAGCCCCUUCCCUUACGCCAGUCAGAGAAGGCUCAAAGGGCACAGAAGUGGGACUUCUUACCAUGGACCUACAUCUUCCAUACUUGGGAAACGCCUUUGGAGCAGAAGAGGGCUUUGCCAGUUCUGCACUGAGCCCUCAUGGAUCAAGCUGCUGUGGCAGAGCUGCUGCCUCCUACUCCUCUGGAACGCAGGUCUCCUUCCCAGUGGCACCAGCAACCUCCCGCACAAAAGCACCACCACAGAGGGCUGCUGCAUUCACAGCUUGGGGGGGGGAGCCUCCUGGGUGCAGUGGGCAGGAUGCGGGCAUCCCUCUCCCUGCACUGCUUCCCAGAGACCCUCCCCGAAUAGCAAAAGGAACGAGCCUCUGAAAACAAAUCUGGCAGGGAAUUCUUAAGAGACGAUUCCACAUGGACAUCGCAGGCCUGAAGGAUUGUGGGCAAGGACUGAGGAGGGCAGGCCCAGCCAAAGCACUGGCCUAGACUUCAGCAGUAGUCCAGAAGUGGGCAGCCUUUGGCACCAGGAAGGCCGCCAGGCCCAGCUGCAGCGCCGGAUCUAAGAGCAGCAGGAGAGGGAAGAGGCUUUGGGGGACCCAGCUGCUGUGUAGAACUCACAGUGCCAUUGCCAGCCCCCACCCACAAGAGUGGCCUGCCCUGAAGCUUCCCCCCCCCCAAUACUGGAUGGCGUGUGACUGGCACACAGGACAAUGAACGGUUUGGUGGCCUGGCAGGACCUGAGUUUGAAGUUGCUCUGUGAGUUGGGUUGAGGGUUCCCUGGGACUGCGAGGCAAGAUCCAAAUGUUAAAAAUAAAUCAAUAUGCACGAA